UGCAACGGAUAAUUUCAUUGGUUGAUUUCUGGUUCCCUGUCCUGCAAGGUAGGUUUCUACGAAGCUGCAAUAGAAAAAGGGUAUAAGUAUCAGAUAAAUGUAAAUGUAAACAAAUGUACAUUGCUGGUUUACGAAAACGUAAAUGAAAAUGACUUUAAACCAAAAACAAAGGGAUGCUUUAAGCAUUGCAAGUGCUGGACACAACCUUCUUUUAUUAGGAUCGGCUGGGACGGGUAAAAGCCAUCUUAUUACUGAAAUUUGUAAGGAAUUGAAUGAAAAAGGUAAACAAGUGAAACUGACAUGCAGCACGGGCAUAGCAUGUGCAGUGUACCCCACCCAUUUAAAACCAAUGACAAUACACAAAUUCACUGGGAUAGAUGAUGGAAGGCAUGAUCCGAAUGAAAUUGUGUCAGUAUUGAAAAACAAUGCCAAGUGUGACAAGAUUAUAGAUGCAAUUAUGACAACAGAUGUAUUAAUAGUAGAUGAAUGUUCUAUGAUAAGUAAACGUACAUUCGAGUCCAUAAAAAAGGUCUGUGAAAUUAAAAAUCCAUGUAAAAUAUUUGGAGGUAUUCAAAUUAUAUUCAGUGGUGACUUUUUUCAGCUCCCACCUGUACCGAACAAAAGGUACAAUGACGAUGGCACAUAUUGUUUCUUAAGUGAGUUCUUUCAAACUUGUUUCUCUCAUACAGUAACAUUAACUCAAAAUGUGCGACAGGAUGAGGAACUUUUUGUUAAAGUUAUAUCUGAUAUAUAUCAAGGCAAUUUAACUGAAUGUGUCAUAGAAUUUAUGAACAGUGUCAAUAAAUCUUUACCAGGUAAUUGUGACAGCCUUAAAUUAUUUUCAACCAAUUUAUUAGUGGAUACGUACAAUCAUCAGUGUUUACUGAAUUCUCCUGGAGACCUGUUUGAAUUCAAAGCAACAGACAAUGGGAAUGCAGCAGAACUGAAAUCUUUGACAGUGCCUAAAACAUUAUGGUUGAAGCUUGAAUGUCCAGUGAUUUUGCUGCGAAAUUUAAGUGACACACUUGUGAAUGGGUUGAGAGGAAUAUUGAAGUAUGCUACUGAGACAAAACUGGCAGUGUACUUUCCCAGUUUACAAAAGACACAAACAUUGCAUAAAGAGUCCUUUACAGUGUUUGAUCCAAGGACAAAUUCAGAUAUUGCAAGCAGAAUGCAGUUUCCUGUAAAACCAGCAUUUGCAUUAACAAUUCAUAAAGCACAGGGGAUGACAUUGCCUUGGCUUGAAGUGGACUGCAAUGAUAUAUUUAAGACAGGUCAGCUAGGGGUUGCGAUUUCUAGGGUUAAGUCUUCAAAGGGGUUGCGUGUAAUCAAUUUUCACCCGAGGUACAUAUUUAGCCCACCUGCUGCUAUCAAACAGAUUUCGGAUAUGAAAAGCAAUGGAAUGAUUGAAGACUUUAGCUGUUGUAGAAUGAUAAGGUGA